AUGGGGGCCGUGGUUAGUUGUUGCAGCCUCUUAUUUGGAAUCGGCUGUAACUCAAACUGUUUGUUUUUCGGAUACCAUCCGAAAUGCGGCAGUGACGGAAACACCUACAGAAAUGAGUGUUUCCUGAAGGAAACUGUCUGUAAAGGCAGGUAUGUUCACGAAGCAUAUGAUGGCGCAUGUCACAAUGGCGGACAACACACCAAAUCCACAGAACACCCUGACCACUCUCGAGUACCGUUGACCCAGCAACCACCAUCCUUGACCUCCAUACUGACCACCAGUGACCCAUCUGUGACCCCCUCUUCAGCCAAAGUGACCUUAACUCCUACGUCCGUAUAUACCACAGAAGCAGUGGCUAAUAAUGAACAAAUCCUCGAGUUCUUCUGCAUCCUAUUGUCAAGAGAGGAUUGUGUACCUGAACUGGACGAGAUUUGUGCCACUGAUGGAUACACCUACCGGAACUACUGUGAGUUCCAGAAGUCCAAGUGCAUGCACAAACAGUUGAAGGUGAACAACUUUGGACGCUGUUAAACUCAAUG